CAUCACUCUACGGUGGUUUAAAAAUGUAAUCGGAUUGUUUUCAUUUAUGUACAUGUAUUCAUUAUUUUUAUUGUUUAGUUCAGAGUGAAAACUGAAUUCAGAUUAAUUUCCCUGCGAAUAUUCGUCGUGUAUAAAUUGCAAUAAAUAUGCAGUUGGAAGAAAAACGCCCAAAACAUGUUGAUCUAGCUUCAAUGGAACCUUCAGCAAGAGUUAAGCAGCUCGCAAACUACGGGACGAUGGUUGACGUCGAUCCUAAUGUUCCACCUAGAAGGUACUAUAGAUCUGGUCUUGAGAUGGUAAGAAUGGCUAAUGUGUAUCUAGCAGAAGGGAGCUUGGAGAAUGCAUAUAUUCUAUAUAUGAAGUUCAUGACACUAUUCCUGGAAAAGAUACGGAAACAUCCAGAAUACAGUAGUGUGCCUGCACAAGUGAAAUCUGUCAAUCAGGGUAAACUCAAAGAGGUGAUGCCUAAAGCUGAGAAACUGAAACAAAAGCUCUUGGAUCAGUAUGCUAAAGAACAUGCCCAGUAUAAAGAGAAUGAGGAAAAACGACAGAUUGCCGAAGCACAAAAGAAGAAACAAGAGCAGGCUGAUGCGAAACUCGCUGAAAGAUUACAAGCAGAUGAAAAUAAGAGAGAUGGAAACUCAACAAUCCCUCACUUAUUGAAUAACGAACAAUGGGUAGUUUCACCGUCGGCACCAGCUGUUGAUAGGGUCUUGUAUCCUGAUGACUUCGCAGUAGAACCUCCGCAGGCACCUCCCCAUAACUACCAACCUGUGCCACCUCUUAUACCACCUUCAAGGCCACAUAAUGACAGCAGUCUUGGGGGCGCGUUGUACGGUUCUCACCGACUCCGCACCGUGGUUGUGCCCGCGGCGUUACUCGGUCGAUUCUUGCGUCUCGCUGCCGAUAAUACCACACGAAAUAUAGAGACCUGUGGUAUACUCGCGGGGAUACUGGAACGGAACCAGUUGAAGAUCACACACGUUAUAGUUCCGAAGCAAUCCGGUACCCCGGACUCCUGUAGCACCAACAAUGAAGAGGAGAUAUUUCACUACCAGGACCAACACAACCUCAUCACACUAGGAUGGAUACAUACGCAUCCGACGCAGACCGCGUUCCUGUCGUCGGUGGACCUGCACACGCAGUGCUCGUACCAGCUGAUGAUGGCCGAAGCGAUCGCGAUCGUUUGCGCGCCCAAAUACAACGAAACUGGCUACUUCGCCUUAACACCGGACUACGGUAUGCAGUUCAUAGCAAACUGUAGACAAAGCGGCUUCCACCCGCACCCCAAUGACCCGCCUCUGUUUCACAAUGUAUCACAUAUAAACGUAGACGACGCAGCUCCUAUAGAAAUGGUCGAUCUCAGGAGAUGAACAUUCUAGAACUUUAAUUUGUAUUUAGACACCGCUUAAAGCAAAUAGUUAUUGUUUUAUUUAUCACACGUUGCAUUUUUUUCUGUUGCAUAUUAUUUAACAUAUUUUU